ACCUCCUACCAGUCCUACCGCUGGUGAGAUCACUGACUAACGCAAGCUGAUUGGGGAGAAUAUAAUAGUUAAAAGAUUGGAUAUCGGUAUCACUUUCUUAAUUGACCCUUAUGAGUGCAGCGUUUAACGGUAUUUUUACUUUAGCCAUUUUGUCUUCCCAGUACAAAACACCAAGAUUGUGGACUAAAACAAGAACUUAACCACAAUAUGUGCCACCGGAGUGGAACCAACAGUCCCUUUGAAUAAGACAUUGCAUUAAACCACUUUCUACUUGAGCUGGCGUUCUCUGCCGUGAACCGUGCUCCUUCCCUGUCUUCUCCCCCUGUGGCGGCCAUGCAGACCAACCCGGUCCUGGUGGAGUCCGCAGUUGUCUUUUCUGUCGUCAUGUGUGUCCACAUGGCCGUGUGGAACCAGCACUCCUGGUGCUGCGUGGCCCUGGUCAUUCAGGCAUUCUACGUGCAGCACAAGUGGGACCGUCUGCUUCGCAAUGGCAACGCCGUGUUCCAGUGGCGCCCGUCGGCCAACAGCGGCAUUGUCCCGGCUGCCAUGGUAAUGCCGCUGCUGGGCGUGGCACUGCGGGAGAAGUGCGCCGCCUCAGGGAAUGUCUACUUUGAGCGUUUCUCCAUGGUGGUGACAGUGACGGGCAUGAUGCUGGCUAUGUUCCUGUCGCUCCUCGCGCUGGGCAUCACACGGCCCGUGCCCACCAACACAUGUGUGAUCGCGGGCGUGGCGUGCAGCGCCAUCCUGUACACGGUGAAGCAGACGCUCACCGUGUCGGAGGUGAUCGAGGUGCUGGAGGUGCUGCUGAUCUUCGUCUAUCUGAGUCUGAUCGUGCUCUACCUCCUGCCGCGCUGCUUCACGCCCGGCGAGGCCCUUCUCGUGGUGGGCGGCGUCAGUUUCAUCGUCAACCAGCUCAUCAAGCGCUCGCUCAACCUGGCGGAGGUCAAGGGGGAACCGGUCCACUACUUCCUGCCGGUGGUGGUGGUGGGAUCUCUUCUCCUCGGUGUGUUUUUCGCCCUGCUCUUCUGCUUCAUGGAGUCUGAGACCUGGGUGUCGUCGCUGUUCUUCCACAUGAUGACGGCCGUGCUGGGCCUGGGUAUCCUCAUGCCCUGGCUCUCCCUCCUCAUCCGCCGUCAUCCCAUCAUGUGGCUGCUGGACUUUGUGACUCUGAACGACAGGCGUCUGUGCCUCCUAGGCUACUGGGUGCUGCUGGCCACGUUGGCCACGCUGGUGGUGCUGCACCAGAACCACCAGCGCCAGUCGGGAUCCAAGAAGCACCAGGCCUCCACGGUGGUGAGGAAGUACUUCCACCUCAUCGUAGUCGCCACCUUUGUCCCGGGCCUGGUGUACGACCGCCAGCUCCUCCAUGUGGCAUCUGUGGGCUGCCUCGGGGCCUUUCUGCUCCUGGAGUACGUGCGCUAUUUCCGCAUCCGCCCGCUGGGCCAGGUCCUCCGCCAGCUACUUUCCCUGUUCCUCGAUGAACGGGAUUCUGGACCGCUCAUCCUCACCCACAUCUAUCUCCUCCUGGGCAUGUCCCUGCCUAUCUGGCUGUUCCCGGGGCCCUGCGCCCCGAAGGGCAUUCUUCCGGGGGCGGGGGGCCUAGUUCCCUAUGCCGGUGUGCUGGCUGUGGGUGUGGGGGACACUGUGGCAUCAGUGUUUGGCAGCAGCCUGGGCGAGAUACGCUGGCCGGGCACCAGGAAGACUGUGGAGGGCACAGCCACGUCAGUGUUCGCCCAGAUCAUCGCCGUAGCCAUCUUCCUCAUCUUCGACUCCGCCAUAAAUCUGAACUCCACCUACUCGUGGAUCGUGGGCUCCAUUACUUUGGUGGCCAUGCUGGAGGCCUACACCUCACAGAUAGACAAUCUGCUGCUGCCACUGUACCUCUUCAUCCUGCUACUGCUCUGAUGACCCCUGUGGAGCUCCAAACACGGUUGGGUUUGAUAUUGACCGCACUAGGCAGCUGCAGCUGACUGACUGAUCUACAAAUCAUAGUGAAUGUUCGUUUGGAAUGCCAGAUUAUUUGCAGAUCAGUUGGUCUUCUCAGUCUGUGAUCAGCAACUGAGAAGAUGCACUCAAACUACAAAGUAAGUCAGAGGACAUAGGACCCUGGAGCUCAUUUUGGCAUGGGCAGCACAAUUAAGGACUUUCACCUUUUUUGAAUGCACUCGACAGUUGGCAAUAUGCACACUUCAGUGUUUGCCAACGCAGAUUUAGUUAAAGAAGAAAAUGUACUACUUCAAAAUGAAGGUGACCUGAAUCGCAUAGCCCGUGUUCUCACUAAUGCCAUAAUGGGACAGAUGUAAUGAUGUCUAUUACUCAGACACACAGUGAGAUCUUGACCUGUAACAAAGGGUCAUGGUGGAUAGGUUAACCAAUAUACAUUGGGAGUAUUUUUAAAGGAAGCCAUGGAGAUCCUCACCGGAUGGCUGUUUAGGAAUUCUUGUCUUGUUGGUUUGUGAGAGCAUAGUCACGGUCACCGGCUUCACCGAUAAUUUCUCUCUACUAACAAGAUUGCUUUUUCUCCACGCAAAGUGGCUGGCACAACAGAAGGAUGAACUUCAAUGUAAUAGCACUGCUAGCUAGUGAAUGAUCCAGCAUACAUUGAGAAAUACAUGAAGAUGACUGAUGGUACACACUCCUGAUAUUGCUCCUAAUUUUGUGAGACUUCCGCCCGGAGCAUGACCGUAGAAUCGUAGUUCAUCUAGAGUAGAAGCCAUUUUAACAUGUGCACUAUUUUAAUUUUCAUAUCAGUUUGCUUGAUUUGUUGUUCUGAGUUCAGGUUCAUUAUUGUUAGGGCACAUCAUAGCAGAAAGGGUUUGCAACAGGAACAUUUUAUCAAUGUUUACUGUUAGAAAGGAUCGUUGUAGUCUGUUCUUGUUGGUCAUUUUUCUUCUGUUUGGUGCCUAAUAAACACAACCCGGCUUUGUCUGGACUUGGAGAUGGGGGUGGAUUUCACUUGAGGAUGAAUGUUCCUGGGUCACUGCAACACUCAAAUGACUGAAUCGUACCACAGAUGUCCAGUAAAAGUGGACAAAAUGUAUUUUGGCCUGAAUUAUGUUUCCUAUCCUAAUCAGCUGUCUUUAGGACACAGUGCUAAAGGACAAAUGUCAGUGAUUUGUAGAGGGUUUUUUAUGUUGCAAAAGAAAAUGUACCUUUGUAAAGCCUUUUGAAGAACAUAAUUUGAAUGAAUUUUUGGGGGGUUCAAUUUCAUCUAAUUACAUUUCAGUAUAUUGUAUUUACCUUUCUUGCAAUGUUAUGGACUGAUUGCUGGAUGUAUUUGCCUUAAGUAUAUUUUCUAUCACACAUUAACUGGUACUACUGUAAAUAAUCUAGCUGACAGCAUGGUUUUGUGUCAAAGUAGACUGGUUUAUACUUAUGUAUGACAGCAGUUUAUACACUAUAGCAUGACAAAUAAUUUGAAAUCCUGUACUGUACCAUACCCAACUAUCUUUUCAGUUUGUCUAAAUCCUUUGUCAUCUGUAGGGAAUCCUCUACAUAUGCAUUUAUUUGCUUAGGUUAACAUUCAUCCAAUUUGUAUAUUAUAAAUGAACUGUAGAGAUGAUAUAGCAGAGUCAUCAUUAAUAUUACAUUCAUGUUUUUUUUGUAUUUAUAAAUGAUUACAUGUUUCCUGUGUUUUGGCUGCAGGAAGCUAUUAAUGGUGUACCGAAAGUAACUACAGUACCUAAACUAUCUCAACAGAGAAACUAAUAGAUAUUGAUGCACCUGUUGCUCUCAGAUGUACACUUCUUUAAAGUUUUGGCUGUGAUGUCAUGUCAACGACAAUUAUCCAUAGAAACUAAAGUACCGUAGCCUGGUUGAAGCCAAUGGAACUCAGUUCACAGUGCACAUUCCAGUUUCAGCCAGGGUACAGUCCUCCAUUACGUUUGCGUUGAGUUCGGGAGAGACUGUCCGUCAAUGUGACAUUUCAUGAAGUAGUUGUUUUUAGGCAUGGAACCGAUGCAGUAUUUGAUUAAUCUGUAAUAAAGAUGUAUUUUGUUCGUUUGCUGUUUCUAAUAAUCUGUAAUGGUAAUUUAUGAGCUUGGUCCUGUUUUUGCUUAUUUUGGUUUCUGUCCCUAUCCUUGGCUUGGACGGGAUAUGCUGGUAUUGCGUGGUACAGUGAUGCAUCAUUAAAGGGCUUUUACGCUA